UAAAAAACGUUCCGGGUUUGGUUGACCGCAUUCGGUCGUCUAUACCUUUGUUCUUUGUUCGCAAACGCAUUUCAUAGGCGCUUCCGGAACAUUGAGAAUUCGGUAUGAUGUUUCCGGAUCAACCCAUGGAAACGCUUGAAUCCCAGGGCAUGCAGAGUCUUGCAUGCUCGAGGCUUUGUGCUUUGGGAAUGAACGCUCCCUGAAAUAGUCAAGCCGAGAUCCUCUCAAUCUUCUCCUUUUCGAGAUGGAACUGCCUUUGGCUUCAAUCCACAGAUUUCACUAUGGCUGAUAAGCAAGAACACGAUUCUAAGCGCCUCAAGACCUCUCACCCACCACGGCCCGAUCAUGAUUAUCCUAUGGGUACUUUCGAGAAAAGGAAUCAUCUCGCCAAGCUGGGCCUCCUGAAUGAAUACACCACACUGGAAAAGAGCGUCGCAGCUCAGCAGGAUAGAAUCAAGCAGAUCGAGCUCUCGGUAUAUGCGAGGGCUCGUAUGAAUGUGGAAGAGCUACAGCUCCAAGUUGCGGAAGAGUAUUUCCGUUCAACUUUUAUUGACAUUACUCUCCUGAGUUCUCGAAAGGCGCCAGACUGGAUCUUCGACCUGGACGCGUUGAAACCUCAUGGGAAAUUUGCUAUCUGGCAAGCAUACUGGCGUUACUCUCACCUCUACGUUCCCGGAGAAGCAUGGACCAAAAUCGGCAAGCAUCUGUUGGUGGAUAACAAUGGCGCGAGAAUACAUGAACAGCCAUGGCGUACUUCCUUGAGCCGCAUGCUUAGAUUCACAGAUCGGCUCUUCUGCUAUCCCGCCACUUCACCUCAGGAUCUGUCUCUCCCGGCGGAGUAUCACCCACACCCUGCUAAGCUUCGUGAUUAUGUUCGAGCUCCGCGUGCGCCCGAGAACUUGGCCGACGAUCGUCCGAAUAUCGAAUUUGAGGUCCUUUGCCCCUUCAACCACAAUGAUGACGAGGAUUAUUCUUUCUGGCAGGAAUUCGAGUCGACGAUUAUCCACACAUUCCGCGCGCUCAUGUGGUUGUUCGACACAUUAGAGUGCUAUCGCCCAGAAAACAGGCAUCGACUGGUCAUCACACCCAAAUGGAAGGACGUGAAGAUUAAGGAUCCGCUCACGAAGUCUCCCUCCCUUGAGUGGAAAGGCCAUAAAGAAAACAUUUACGCCAAGAAAGAUCCUGCAAUCAAGGCCACCAUACCAGACGGUCUCGGCAUCAAGGAAAGAGUCAUGGACGUGAUCAAUGGAGGACUAGAGAUCUGGGGUGCGUUUCGCAUCGAAGAGACACGUCUGAGAAAUGUACGCUAUCAGAGAUGGAAGUUACGACAAAUGAUAAAUGCUCGUAUCGGCUUGACGACAGUCGAAGGCGAGGAGGCGGACCAGCUGGCAACCACAGACCUCCCGGGCUUCAACGCUAACGAUCCACCUACCAGGCAUGGCAUCAAGGCUGCCCGUGAUAAUGUUCACCCGAGAAACCUUGUCAAUCAUCUGGCCAUAAGAAUCCACAACAACAUAUCAGAGAGCUUCCACCCGGAUGACGAGCUCGAAAAUGCAUACAUCGAAUUCUGGCAGCGUGUCACUUUGGACAUUCCGCCAAAACUUGUCGGGCCAGGAACAUGGAACGUCAAUGAAUCAUUUACCAUGCAUGUCGAUGAACUGAGCAGCAAUAUGAGUGGUCUCAGUUCCGUGCCUGAAUUCGCCGAUGAUAUGCCAGGAUUCAUCAGAAAACACAACGUCAAAUCACAGUCUGACAUCUAUUUCCCAAACCCUGUCCAUUGCGAGUGGGAAAUGGAUGAUGAUGAGAGGUUGGCGGUGGAACUCUACAAGCCUGAGGAUGAUGACUCUGAUUGAGAGUGGCAGAGCAGAGUAUCUGAAUGC